AUGGGAAAGAAGCAACCAAGAAAGACUAACAACAACAAAAGAAGUGAUGAUGCCAAGAAACCCUCCUCAAAAAACCCAAAUCGUUCUAUAACACGACGAGCAAAAAGCAACGCUAUUCCUCCACUUCCAGAAGAUUUGAUCUUAGAGAUACUUUCAAGACUCCCCGUGAAGUCCCUUUUCAGAUUCCGAUCCGCCUGUAAACGAUGCCUCACCAUCAUCGACAGCCCUUCCUUGGUGGACCUGCACUUGAGCCAAUCUCAAACUCGGCCCUGUGGUCCCCUAAUCCUUGUGUCUUUCUCGGGUCCUGACUCGAAGCAUUACUUCUAUUCUGCAAGUCUUGAAGGAGGGCCAGCGGUCCGCCUUCUGCAGCUGCCCGGCGGCUGCAGUAGCUAUGUUUCAGAAUCCCUUAAUGGAUUAGUAUGUUUCUACAAUGGCAGGGAUGUCUAUGUCAUUAACCCUAGCACUCGGAAAUCCAGAUCCCUACAGGCAAGUCAUUCUAAUUGUGAGUAUUCUAGUUAUUCUUUCGGAUUUGAUCCUUCAAACAAUGACUACAAAGUGUUACACAUAAUAACCAGGAAGUUAUAUGACAUGCAAUAUGAAGUACUCACAAUAAAGGGUGGUUCAAAGAAACAUAAAGAAGUGUUCACCUCUCAUGGUAAUAAUAUUUCAUGGAGAAAAAUCACCCACGUCCCACCAUGUUCUUAUAUUUUCAAAGGACAAGGUGUUUGUGUUGAUGGCGCGAUAUAUUGGAUUUGCGUGAAGGUUCCAAGUGAAGAAGUUCUGGUGGUGGUUUUCGAUGUUGGUAGUGAAAAGUUCCGAUCGUUGCCACUUCCUGAAGGUAUCUCUCCGUCUAUCUAUUUGAGUUAUCCUGAAGGUAUCUCUCCGUCUGUCUAUUUGAGUUAUAAAUUGAAUAAAAUUGGAGGGCGUUUGGCUUUAUUGAAAGAUAGAGAUUGUGAUUGCAUUACCAUAGAAAUAUGGGUAUUAGAGGAUUGUCACAACAAGUGGGUUCAGAACACUAUUGUGUCUCCACAAAAGUAUGAAAUACUUUUCACCUUCUUGUCAAAUUCUAGUCCUGUGACUGUAUACAAGGGUGAGACGCUGCACUUUUCAAAAACAGAACCUUAUCAAUAUAUUUCUUGGGAUCACUGGGAUCACAAGAAUAAGGCUUCUAGGCCUAUUAGAAUUAGUGAGGCACUUAACAUUCGUAGUGUAGAAAGUAUCCGUGUUAGUAUCACAAAUUAUGUGUAUUGUGUCAUUUGUUUAUCUUGA